AUGUCGUUUGUCCCGCCACAGCUCCCGGACGAUUUUGAAUCGAUGGAUGAAGAUGAACGUGCUAGAGAACAGGAGCAGUUCCGCCGUCUCCUGAAGCGCCGAAUAUUCAACGAUGCUAGUAGUCCUUGGGAAGGCUUUAACAACCCCCUUCAAAUGGACAUUGCCCGGCAAGAGGCACAAAGAAGAGCUGCACUGGACGAGUCCCUCCGCGAGGUUGACUCUGAAAUGGAACGGAUCAACGGGGUCCUUGGCAUCGCGUCCGACGGAUGGACGCCAAAUGAAUCGUUUGAAAGCGCGAAAGAGAGGGCAAGGUUGAUCAGGGAAGAAGGGCUUGCCGUGGUUGGCGAUGACAGGUUGAAGGAAAUGACUGAACAACAUUGGCCUUUUGAUGACUGUAACGAGGAUGAGUAA